AUGGACCACCACAAAGAGCGAGUAAAGAGUGGGUGCCAGAAGAUUUUGGAAGGAAUAAAUUCAAUGUCUUUGGUAAAUUUAGAUGACCAACAAGUGCAUUCUUUAGUGAUGAUGAGAGAAAUAGCACGUGGGGUUGUUGAUGAUCGAGAUAGAAAGGUGACUAAGAGUGAUGUGAUCACUGCCUUGCGCUGCAGCAUUGAGAAAAUGGUCUGUGCAUCCAGGGAUAUCAUUCAGAUAUUAAGUAGGAUAUCCUUUGAUGGUGUGGAUGACCAAAGGAUGCAUUUAGUCACGAGGAUGAAGGAAAUUGCUCAUAGGAUUAUUGAUAAACAACCUAGAGUUGCAAUACCUAGGCCCGACUUGCUUGCUGAACAAGUUGGCUUUGUGGAUGAAGGGAUGCCAGAUAGUCUCAUCAAAGAGUCAACCAAGAUUUGCAAUAACGAUGCCCUAAUCGAUGGGGCACUGAGCAUGACUAAUGAAGAUGAAAUGUUGGAUGUAGGACAUGUUUUAAGGUUUGAGAAUGGAAUAGAUGAAAUUCAGGAGUCUUUGUUACCGUGCUUUCAGCAAUUUCUUAUGUGGCCGCCUGAUGAUUGCGUCACCAUAGGGUGGGUUCAGGACAUGAUGACCAUCCUUGAGCAGGCUUCACAGAAGAUGUUGCCAUCUGAAUUCUGUCACGUUGUGCCGCCCCUUUUGGUGUACAACUUGGCAGACGCUGCUUGCAGGAUUUUAAGUAAAGAACCAAACUGUGUGGAGAUCAAUGGCCAAGUAGAAGAUUCAAGAGUAAUUGUAGUGGGCGAUAUACACGGGCAGUUUCAUGAUUUAAUGUUUAUUUUCAAGCACGCAGGAGUGCCCUCUGAGAACCAGAUUUAUGUUUUUAAUGGAAAUUAUGUAGAUAAAGGAGCUUGGGGAAUUGAAGUAUUGAUGCCUCACAGAGUAUAUCUACUUCGUGGAAAUCAUGAAUCAAGAUAUUGCACUGCGAGAUAUGGUUUUAAGAAGGAGGUGUGGGCGAAAUAUGGUGAUCAAGGUGAAGAUGUCUACAAUAAAUUCCUAGAGUGUUUCAAGGAGCUUCCGUUAGCUUCAGUUAUUGCAAACUGUGUUUAUACUACACAUGGAGGACUUUUCCGUAGUAUACAUGCAGCCCCCUCACAGAAACCAAAGCGGAAUAAAAUAUGGAGGGUGGAUCUUGGCUCUUUAGCCGAGUUAUCUGAAGCGAAUCGAUCUUGUGUAGAUUGUCCUUAUGAAGGUCCUAACAUUUUGUUGAGCGAUGUUCUCUGGUCAGGACCAUCUAACAGGUAUGGCCUGAGGUAUAAUACAGGUGGUCAAAAGUUAGGUUUAUUGUGGGGUCCUGAUUGCACUGAGGCAUUCUUAAAGCAGCACAAUUUAAAGUCAGAGAACUUAAUUGGCUGUCUUCCUAUUGUUUUGGAGAAUGAGCCUGGUCUAUCACAUGAAGGACCCGAUGCAAGGGCUGGUAGAGAUGAUGAUCUUGGGGAUAUGCUGUGUGGAUACAGUAUAGAUCAUGAUGGAGAAUCGGGGAAACUAUGUACACUUUUUAGUGCUCCAGACUAUCCACAGUUUGGUAAAAGGAGGUGUGAUAAUAAGGGAGCAUAUGCCGUAUUGAAGUCACCUGAUUUUGCGAGUCCUUCCUUUCACUCAUUCAAAGGGACAGAAAGACCAAUGGUGGAUCCUUAUGUUGAUUUUGGUGCUAAUAAUUUGGACUCCAGUAAACUAGACUCUUCUCAAAGUGCCUCAACCUCUACCCUUUCUGCUUCUGAAAGAUUUUAUCCAGAAGGGAUGAAACCCGAGUUUGACUUUGGGGCAUUAGGCCUAUACAAUGCCCCAUGUUGGAGUGUUGAGCUUCCUGAUGGUUCAGGUGGUACUCAAGUUGUGGAGGUUCCUAGGGCAUCAAUAGUGGAAGGGUUGCCUCUGCCUCCUAACAUACAGGAGCCACACAAGGCUGCUUAUGAGUAUUUGUUUGAGCUAGUGGCUGGCCUGAAACAUAUGAUUGUAACAAGGGAGACUGAGAAUAGGGCCCGUAUGUCUGCUUUGAGAAGUAAAGCUAGGAAACGAAAGGCUUGUAAAGGCUGUUACCUCCUCCGGUAG